AUGGAGGUCGAUGGGGGUAUGGAGGUCGACGGGGGGAAAAUUGUGCCGGACUUGCCGGCGGCCAUGAACAACGAUGGCAACCUGUUCAAGCCGCUAACGGAGAACGUGUACAUGCGAGCGGUGGAGGAGCUCAGGAGGGAGGGCAAGAUUGCUCCCUCCACAUUCCUCUACGACCCAAAUGACUACCUAAAGCACGUCUUCACAUUCUCAGGCACCGUGCUGAAGAUGUGUUUCACCAGCGCCUUCUUCUGGUUCCUAAUGGUCGUCAACAUUGUUGUCUCGAUCAUCUACUACUCGGUCAAGUUCAACCACGAGAACUUCGACGGCGCCUUUGAGACGGGGCGCUUCCCCUACAUCAGCAACUACAUCUACAACGUCCUCGGAGGCAUGGUCUCUUUCAUGCUCGUCUUUCACGCAAGCGACUGCUAUGCGAGGUUCUUCCAGCAGUACGGCACCGUUCGUGCGGUCGAGAUCAACAUCAACAACGUGCUGAACCUGCUGCGCACGCACCUGCCGGACGACGCCUUCGAGGGCGCCGGCGACCUGCGCACUACCGUCGCCAAGUGGGUGGUCGCCCAGAUGUACCUCGGCUUCGGCUGGCUCCCCACGUACCGGGAGAACCAGGUCGACGAGUGGGCGUGGGAGCGGGUGAACGAGUACGGCCUUAUCGGUCUGUAUGAGAAGCAGCACCUCAUGGCACUCCCGGUCGGCGAGUACCCUAUCACUGAGAUUACGACGAGCUGCACGCAGCUGCUCUUCAAGUUCGUGCGCAUGGGCAAGCUGGACGGCGGCAUUGCUGGCGAGAUCGGGGCGGAGAUCUCGGGCAUCGAGAACAACUUCCUCACGCUCUACGCCACCACCGAGCAACCGGUGCCGUUUGCGAUGUACCACUACAUCACGUUCAUCAACAACACGUGGCUGCUCCUGUGCGCGUACCAGUGGGUCUUCUACUCGUACUACUGGGGCAUCAUCGCGUUCUUCCUCAACGCGCUCGCCUUCCAGGGCCUGCGCGAGCUGUCCAACAAUCUGGCGGAGCCCUUCGGCAAUGAUGACACCGACAUCCCCGUUUUCGAUUUCGUUGUCAAAUGGCACACCCGAGUGGACAACUUCAUCCACAUGCCGGUCAGGCUCGGCAAGGAGUUGUCAGCCAAGCAUCUCGACGCCGCUCCUACUGCAUAAUAGAGCAAAAGGUGACGUCAUCGCCGUUCCAAAUGUAGGGGAUUAGACUUGGUUGAGUGGAGCUUCAGAAGAGUCGAUACGUUGAAGUUAAGCGAGACUUCUGGGCAUGUUUUCGAGGUCUUGAGCGCCGUACCAAGUAACGCUUUCCUGAACCUCGUACGGUACGUGCGUCACAAUAAGUGCUUACUCAUAGACGGUGCAUACAUUGUUCUGGUCUAAGUACAGGUCCUCCUUAGUCAGAAACACUCCAGGAAGUCGCUUCAGGUCAAGACGAAGUUACACAGUUGUAGGAGUUACGGUAGAACCUUCAUGAUGGACGCGUGCUUUGAAGGGGUUUUACAGAUUGAAGCUUGAUCGAUCUUCCAUGGGCGUCAUGCAUAGCAACACAUGUAAUGAUCGAGUCCCACUUCAACACGGCUUAAGUCUGAGUCAAGCUUUGCAACCGCGUACCUGAUCUUGAC